GCUUGGUGGAGGAAUGCUUGUCACCUACUCCUUUUGGUUUCCACUCUCUAUACUUCUCGUAUAGAGAGAAAGAAGGAAGAGAGAAAAGAGAGAAGAAAAUUGAGGGGGAGAGAGAGAAAGAGAGAGAAAGGUUUGAUUUUGAGAGAAAAAUGGAGAAGCACAAGUGCAAGCUGUGCUUCAGGAGCUUCUCCAAUGGCAGAGCUUUGGGGGGUCACAUGAGGUCUCACAUGUUGAAUCUUCCGAUUCCUCCAAAGCAAGAGCAACCCAGUCAAAUCGGUGAUGAUGAGACCGAGUCGGCUUCUUCAUCCUCGUCAUCUGAAGAAGAAGGUGAGGACAAGGGGCUGGGGUAUGAGCUGAGAGAGAAUCCUAAGAAGAGUAUUCGGUUGGCAGAUCCUGAGUUCUCCUUUGCUGUUGAUGCUGCCUCUGUUGUUCUUCAGGAUAGAGAGAGCGAGACCGAGUCCUCCAAGAACCCAACUCGCCGACGAUCCAAGCGGAAUCGGAAACUCGGUCUUGCUGACCCGCCUCGCUUCCACGAGCAGAAGAAGAUCAAACUCGAUAAACUCAGUAAAACCGAGUCCUGGGCUGACCCUGAACCGGUGAGUUCGAUCUCCGACGCUACAACCGAAGAAGAUGUUGCCUUCUGUUUGAUGAUGCUUUCUAGAGACAAAUGGAUAGAGGAGCAGGAAAACCAAGAACGGCGACAUGAUGAAGAGGAUGAAGAAGAAGCAGAAGCAGAAGCAGAAGAAGAAGAGAGGUUUGUUGACGAGACCGAUGACUCCGACGAGCUCAAAUUGUUCAAGACCAGAGCUCGAGGCAAGUACAAAUGCGAGACAUGCAACAAAGUGUUUAGAUCUUAUCAAGCAUUGGGUGGUCACCGUGCCAGCCACAAGAAGAUCAAAGCCUGUGCUCCAAUUAAGGAAGUGGAGUUUGAGCCUGAAAACUCUAGCAAUCCCUGUUUGGCUGAUGCGAAAAUUCACGAAUGCCCAGUCUGCUUCCGGAAAUUCACCUCCGGACAAGCACUUGGUGGGCACAAGAGAUCCCACAUCUCAGGCUCAGCAGCUGCUGCAGCAGCUCCGGCACCACCUCCUCCACCAAGAAAAGCUUCAAGCAAGGUGGGCGACAGCAUGAUAGAUCUUAACCUUCCCGCUCCAAUUGAAGACGACGACAAUAGCCAAAUCGAGCACUCAGCAGUGUCUGAUGCAGAGUUCGUGAACCCCAUCAGACGAUGAAUGGCUAAGAAAAAAAAAGAUGGAAUCAUUCAUGAGAGGUAAUGAUUUUUGGCUGCUUUGGCAUAUCCAUGGAUCUGAAACUGUUUCCAGUUUGGUUUUUGGCAAUUGGGUUCAUAGACUAUCAUUCUUCUUCUUCUUCUUCAAUCUCCAUCAUCAAUAUUCUGACUGUAAUUCAUUGCUUUGAAUUUUCUCAAGCCUCUGUUACUGUAACAACUGAUUCUUAGGCCAUCCAUUAAUGGUGAAAUUUAUUUCAAUUUGCUUCAUCCAA